AAAGAGUUAAAAACAGCAUUGAUGUCUGCAUUAAUUAGCUAAUCUGGCAUCCUGUGUGCCUCGUAUAGGCCUAGUUGAAGGCUAAUCUGGAAUGUCGUAAUGAGUUUGAACUUUGAACUUCUUAUACUGUCUAUGGAUUGAACGCAAUGUCUGCAUCAAGCAUCACUGAACAUAAACAGAGCAACACAGUGAGCGAAAGCCACAGUCUCGACACCAGCCGCACAAUGCUGGACUUCUUGAACACAACAAAAAAACAAUCAGCUGUGUGUGUUGAGCGGCCAGGAUUCAGACAUCACAAAAAAGAGAUCUAUGCGUGUCAUCCUCCUGUGUCCCAGCAGAGCACAGACAGCGGAGAUGAGCUCAUUCACCUCAAGAAACUGAAUGGCUCACCCGGCGAGUGUCCCAGUCGCAAGAAUCUCCAUAAAGAGCUUCUGCUCGGCCAUAAGAGAGGGCUGUUGUUGGAGGAGAAACCAGAAUUGCAGCGUGUGCUAGAGCAGAGGAGACUUGACCUGCACAGAGAGGAGGAACUUGCCCUCCAACCCCCUUCUGACCUGGAACAGGAGCUUCGUAAGAGACAGCAGAAACUGCAGGAGUAUGAGAUGGAGGAACAAAGACGCAUAGAGGAUGAGAAAAAUGUUCCAGAAUUUGUACGAGUGAAGGAGAAUCUGCGCCACAUACAGUUGACCCAACAAAACUGAAGGAUAUGGAGAAAAAAAUGUGCUUUGUAAAUUUUACUAAUGUUUUCAUAUACAAAAUAUUUUGAGGUUAUGAAAUUAAAUACAGCUAUAAUUUAGUUUAAUAAUGAGGCUCUAUAUUUAACAGGUCAAUUUACUGUACAUUUGAGUCGAAUUAAAGUUGCGUCUUGUAUAAUA